AUGAGCGAAGUACUUCGGUUUGCUACCAGUCUUUUACGUCUAAAAGGGAUUCGAUCUUAUUCAUUGGAAACAAACAGCAUAAUCAGCACAAUCUGUUACUGGAGGCGACAGGAGAAACUUGGCGAACCGGAUAUAACAAUGGAAAACAUAGACAGCUAUAUUAAGUUCUGGCUGAAACGGAAAGGAAUUACCAGUGAGGCCCUUAAAGCGAUACAGCAACAUGCAGGAUCUUUAUCUCGGGGACUGCUUAUGACCUUGCAUUCCUUACGCGAUUAUUCAGGAUGCAAAUCAUUUCCCAAGCAUGUACUUGAUCUAGAAGAUUGCGAAGAAAGGAUCAGAAAGAUCUAUAGAAGAACUCAAAGUCCCGAUGUUUAUGAUGAGGAUGACUACCUCGCGGUUAAGAAUAUCGUUGACCACGCGGCAAGAUCCAACCAAAAAAGUUACGACGAGCAGCUUGCAAGUUUUUCACCACUAGAGACCGCUAGCAAGGUUAGCGGCUCCGUCUUACUCACUUCGACGAACUCUAUACCACCACAGAUAUUGGAAAACAUCCCCUCACCUAUACCUCAGCAACCAGCAGACAAUCUUGAUGCUUAUAUGUCAGACGCAGAGCCUCUCUACAGUGAUACUUUUGAGACGGAUUUCCUAAAAGAAUAUAUUAAAGAUUUUUCUGGGCUGAAAAAGGAUCAAAAGAAAGCAGGCAAACCUGAUGCUCAUAUGUCGGACGCAGAGCCUCUCUGCAGUGAUGCUACUGAGAAGGAUUUCCUGGAAGAACACACCAAAGAUUAUUCUAGGAUUUCGCGAAAAGGCCAAAUAUGGAAGAAGGAAGCAGACAGCUAUAAGAAUAAGGAUUAUAUUUAUUACGUCAAUCCAGACACAAGUGCCUGUCGCCAUAUCGUUGUGAGUUGCUGUCGUAUUGCUAUUUCCGGGAAAGGUCAGGACAUUGGAGAUGGGACUAUUCGCGUGCGCAUUCAGGUGGAACCACAUGGUAAAAGGCAUCCUAACUGUUAUGCUACAAAAGCAUUAGAUGAGGAUCCAGCAAGUCGAUUGGCCUUCCUUAUCAAAUACAAGCCCUAUUCUGGACCAGAAAUCCAGAGAUUCGCAAAAUCUCAAGGUGACAUGGGUCUAUAUGCAGCAAAUACGUUCGUCAAUAUAAUCGCUGACAGGAUGUCUCUGGAGGAAAUUGCUACAUUUCCACGACGGUAUAUUUACCUCCACAAAGAGAGCACCUAUGGUCCAGAACUAGAGCGAUUUGUUGGGGGAAACUACACAGAAGGGUGUAAAAAUCGAGAUAGAUAG